AUGAAACUUACCAGAUUCCUUCCACAGGCUGCUACAGAACGACCAUUCUGGCUAGGGAGCCAGGCGGUACGCGGCUAUUCCUCGGCAAAGAACGACAGUAGAAUUCUUCCCUAUAGCCGGCGGAAUCUGUGGUCACUGAACCUCCAGGUGCCGGGCAUUUCGAGACAUAUACCUGCAUCGCAAUCCCACAUGUCAAAAUCCUUCACAAUUAUGACGAGCCACAAGAAUAAGAACCUGCUCAAUGCCAGCAACGGCAAUAGUAACAGCAACAGCCUUGGAAAUGGCGCUAUCACAACGUCUAUAACAACACACUCCUCCAACGCCCAAGUUGCAACAGUCACAGUCUCCCGCGCCGCCAAGCUGAACGCGAUGAACAGUCACCUCCUCACAGCUCUACCAGCCGCUUUACAAACCCUGACAGCCACCCACCCGAAUCUUCUCGCCAUAAUCCUCACAGGCGAAGGCUCUAAAUCCUUCGUCGGAGGCGCCGAUAUUGCCGAGAUGGCAAGCAUCACGAACCCCGCAGAAGCUAGGGAGUUUAUCAACAGAGUCCAUGACGCAUGCAAAAGCAUCCGCGACUGCCCUGUGCCGGUCAUUGGGCGCAUUAAUGGGCUCGCGCUGGGUGCUGGUUUGGAGAUUGCAGCCGCAUGUGACAUCCGCGUCGCCAGUAGUCAUGCGUUAUUGGGCAUGCCUGAAGUUCGAAUGGGAGUACCGAGUGUUGUGGAAGCUGCGUUGCUUCCGGGAUUGAUUGGUUGGGGCCGAACAAGACUGUUGCUACUGCUGGGAGACAAUAUCGGUGCAAGAGAGGCGCUGGAGUGGGGGUUGGUGGAAAAGGUUGUGGAGCCAGAAGAGCUGGACGCGGCGGUCGCAAAGUGGGUAGAAAGUUUGGCAAAGAAUGGCCUGGAAUCGAUGAGGAAUCAAAAGGAAUUGAUUCGAAGAUGGGAGCAGUUGGGGCUAAAUGAUGCCAUUGAGGCUGGGGUUGACCAUUUUGGGCGUGCCUUUGAGGCAGAUGGAAAAAGUGUUUCCGGAGUUGAUAGGUCGGAGACAGAACCAGGAAGAAUGAUGGGAGAGUUUUUAAGUAGGAAGAAAGGGAAGGGUAGUAAGUUGUAG